AUGGCACUUUCUCGUAGAGGUCGUGAUGCCCUUGCCUAUGUAGGCUGCGAAACGACUAUCGUCAAUAAUGGUAUAGCGAUGCGCGCUCGAAUGAUACAUGAACUGAACUGUACCAAACAUCCUAUUCCUUAUGGUACACGUGUAGAUCACGAAAUCUUGUCCAUUGAUCGUCAUUCGUUUGUUGCUCUUGCAGAAGCCAGUAAACGACCGAAUAUUACCAUCCAUUUUCAACACAAAUUUACUGGUUGGGAGGAGGACCAGAAGAUCGCCAGUUUUCAUGAUGCAUCAGGCAAUCGAGUUGACUUUCGCGUCGAUGCCGUGAUCGGCUACGAUGGGUGUCACUCGGCCGUACGAACAGCAAUGAUGAAACUCGAUGCAAUUAAUGUCGCACAAGAAUAUUUCGAAACCUAUUACAUGGAAUUUUGCAUUCCACCUAAAAAUGAUCAGUUUGUUAUGGAACCCAAUUAUCUUCAUAUUUGGCCACGUCAUCAAUUUAUGCUUAUCGCUCUACCAAAUCAAGACAAAUCAUUCACGACAACACUGUUCUCACCAAUUUCGAUUUUUCGAAAAUUGAAAACAGCCGAUGAUGUCAUGAACUUUUUUCGUCAAUACUUUCCAGAUGCAGUAUCAUUCAUCGGUGCAAACGAGAUUGUCGAGACAUUCUUCUCAUCGAAACCUCAACCAUUGAUCUCCACCAAAUGUGAACCACAUGCAACACAUAAUGGUGAUAUGCUUCUUAUGGGUGAUGCUGCUCAUUCAAUGGCACCCUUUUAUGCUCAAGGAAUGAAUUCGGCAUUCGAAGAUUGUCUUGUUCUCUUUGAUAAAUUAAAAGAGAAUAAUUUUGAUUUUCCCAAAGCAUUUUCUGCUUACAAUGAAACUCGAGUACGUGAUACUCACGCGAUAGUUGACUUAUCAAUGUACAACCAUCGCGAAAUGACACAUUACGUCACAUUACGUUCAUUUCACUGGCGAAAAAAAAUCGAUAAUGCUCUAUAUAGAUUAUUUCCUCGUUGGUGGAUACCCUUGUAUACCAUGGUGACAUUCACACGAAUUCCCUAUCAUCAAUGUAUGGCACUACGCAAACGACAAGAUCGUAUCUUGCAAAUCGUUCGUGGUAUUGGCUAUUCAAUCGUUGGAAUCUUACUUUUACGACGAUUCGCUUGGACUACUAUCAAACCAUUUAUCAUGCGAUUCUUCGUGGAUAAAGUGUUGCCAAAAGUCGUAACUGAUAAAGUGACUUAA